AUGUUAAAGGAUUCUGGAAAAUAUGUUUAUGGUGUAACAGAUACGCUUCAAGCAUUGGAAAUGGGUGCUAUUGAAAUAUUGAUCUGUUGGGAAAACUUAGACAUUGUACGAUAUCAGCUUAAAAAUCCGGUCACUGGAGAAGAAAAAUUGCUAUAUUUGGAUCCGGAUCAGGAAAAGAAUAAGACACAUUUCACUGAAUCAUCC